AUGGCUACAAUAUGCAAAGUGCGGAUUCUUGUUCUUGGAGACUCUGGUGUUGGAAAGACAUCUCUUGUCCAGCUUCUAUGCCAUGAUGAAGCCACCAACAAUCCUGCCUACACAAUUGGAUGCUCUGUUGAAGUGACUUUGCAUGAAUACAAAGCAGGCACACCUGAAGAAAGAACAUAUUUUGUGGAACUCUGGGAUAUUGGAGGAGCAACUCAACACAAAAACAGCCGAUACAUUUUUUACAAUCCUGUCCACGGCAUAAUUCUUGUUCAUGAUCUGACCAACAGAAAGUCACACCAGAAUCUACGGAAAUGGUUGGCUGAAGUUCUAAAUAAAGGACUAAACAAAGAUGCUAAUGAAUAUGUUUUUGAUCCUGAGAGUUUUGUUGGCAGCCAAAUUCCCAUUUUGGUGAUUGGAACCAAAGUGGACCUUGCCCAGAGUCUGCGGGAAAACAUUCUCUCUCGACGUUCCACUGUAGCUGAAGAAUGUGGAGCCUGUGAACUGAAUUUGGAUUGUAAACAGAAAAAAUCUCUGGCUCCUGGCACCACAAAUGCUGUAAAAGUGGCAAAGUUCUUUGAUAAGGUGAUUGAGCGUCGUUUCCACAGCCAAGAUUAUGGAGGCCAGGGUCACUCUCUAACUGUUCAAAACCAAAUCCGUUAUUCUAAAAACUCUCACUGUGACUGA